CAGUCGCGUGAGAGGAGAAGGCGGUGGGCUCCUUCCCCGCCAUUGGCUGCGCCGGGAAACUGGCUGCGCUCUCAUUGGCUGCCGCCACUGGCCACCGGCUGCCGAGCCAGCUGGCGGUGCCGCCGCUGCUGGCGGGGGGAGGUGAAGGGUGCGGAGCAAGGUGCGGAGCGCCGCAGGAACAGGAGGAAGGCAAAUGGAUCCGCUGCCAGAUUCAGCAUCCCUGGCUACGAAACUGCGGAACACUUUGGUUCAGUACCACAGCAUCGGAGACAGCCAGUGGCGGGUUGCCAAGAAAACCAAAGAUGCAACUGUGUGGCGUAAACCAUCAGAGGAAUUCAAUGGAUACCUCUACAAAGCUCAAGGUGUGGUGGAGGAUGUUACAAACAGAAUAGUGGAUCAUAUUCGCCCUGGAUCUUACAGGAUAGACUGGGACAGCUUAAUGACUUCAAUGGACAUUAUGGAAACAUUUGAAGAGAACUGCUGUGUGAUGCGCUACACCACUGCUGGUCAGCUCUGGAACAUAAUAGCACCAAGGGAGUUUGUGGAUUUCUCCUACACUACAAGUUAUGAAGAUGGGCUUCUAACAUGUGGUAUAAGCCUAGACUAUGGAGAGGUGAGACCUAACUUUGUUCGUGGAUUCAAUCACCCUUGCGGUUGGUUCUGUGUCCCCCUUAAGGACUGCCCUAGCCACAGUCUUUUGACAGGCUAUAUUCAGACUGAACUGCGAGGGUUGCUACCACAAUCUGCAGUAGACACUGCCAUGUCUAGUACCCUGACCAAUUUCUACUCUGACCUGAAAAAGGCACUGAAAACAGACAAAUAAUGACUUAAAAGCCCACGCGUUUCUUGCAAUCAAAUUAUAUUGAUUUCUUUAGUACAUGUUAGCUACUGGGUUAAGAGAUGAGUAACAUUCCUGAAUGAUACCUGAACCUUUAUGUUGAAGUAUCCCGACAACUUUACCAAAUAUUUUUUGAUGUGAUACUUUGAUGUGAUACACCUUCCUAACGCACAGUGCCAGAUUCAGUUCCCUGCCCAGCACUCUGCAUCUGGGUGAGGAGCAGGGCAAGUGUAUGAAAUACUCCUAGGUAGAAAACAGAAAAUGUGGGGAUGGGCUUGAAAAAUGCAGCAUGAACUCAGCUCUCUUCAACAGGAUUGAGAGUAGAGUUCUCAGGAGUUUGCUGGUGCAGGUUGCUGUACAGGCAGCAUCUCACUGAAGAUGUAAUUUUGUAAUAUAUAUAUUUUAUAUAUUUACUUAAACUUUUUGAUUUAUUUAGUUUGUACAGGUACAUCUGUAAUUUGUUUAUAAAAAUUUGCUUUGAUUUAUCAUAGGAAUAUUACAUAGCUUAGUUGUUAAAUGAUACUAUUCAUAAGAAAGCUAUUUUCUCUUGUUAGCGAAACCAAGUAUUGAUUAUAGGUAUUUCAUUGAUGUUACACCUGUAACUAUAACUAUAUAAUAUAUAUAUAAUUUAACUGUAACUAUAUGUAACAGUCUCAGUACAGAUAUAAAGAAAUGCCCUUACAGCUGAUCCAAAGCUCAGUUAAGUCAUCAAGUGUCUUCCCGUAAUUUUUAGUGGCAUUUUAAUCACACAGACAUCAAAAUAGCAAACGUUCAAUGGAUCUUCUGUGGUACUCUGCACUUCUAAAGAAUUUUUUACUUAAAUUUGCAUGUAAUUGUGUGUAUGGUGUGAUUUGGGUUUUUUAGGUCUAUCUUAAAUGAAAAUCCUGGAAUUACUAAGCCAACUGAAAGGACCACUAACUUGCUUCAGGUGUAGGCACUGGUGUAUCCACAAGAGCACAGACUUCAGAAUGUUGGUGCAAUGCUCUGAAGUGUUCUGUGUUAAUAUCCCUAGACUGAUCUUUGCAAUAAAUGAAAUUAUCAUCUUAAAACAUGAGCAGCUGCAGGCCAAAGCUGAAGUUGCAGAGUUGCUCAGAUGGAGGGUCAAUUUUUAAAGAAUACUUAGCCACCCAGCUGAUAAUUGCAAAGCAGGGGCUUUCGAAAGAUUGCUGUCUGUGUUGCUAGGAGCCUGAAUUCUCUUUAAAACUUGACAUUAUGCUUUUAAUUCUGUUAUGCAUAGUCGGCUCAAGUGAGACUUUAAUUGUCUCUGUACUUUACAAGUGCAAGCAGAGGCAUGGUUAGCUGUGUAGCAGUUAGGGAAGCCCUUGAAGCCCUAAUAUUUUGGGUCCAGUUGCAUCUGUACAAUCCAAGCAUUGGUAAUGAAUUCCCAGGAAAAAAAAAGGGGGGAGGGGGGGCAGAAAAAAAAAGAAAUACUGACCACUGCAGCUGAACUCUGAACAGUGAAGAUUUCUUUCUUAUUGCUCAAGAAAAGAGGUAGAAAAACCAAAACAUUAAAUAUAGUGAGGGUUCUUCCAAUAUGCUUCUUGUUUUAAGGGUUCUAGCACGUUUUAGGAUGGUUAAAAACAAUGGCAUCAGAUGGCCUUUGGUGUCUUCAUAGGUAGAAAAUGUCAACUCCCUGUUGGAUUUUGUGUAUUCUGCACUUCUCUUUAAGCUCCUAUGUUCCUCUUCCCAUCUUUUCUAUUUUCCUUGGGCCCCUCCUGGUACUAAAAGUUCACAAAGUGGUGUUUCACCUCCAAGGACUCUGAGGAGUCAGAAUCAGCAGACAUUCUUUUCCAAAAUUCUAGGGUCCACUCCUUUGUAGUACUGGUACAGAGGCAAGUAUGAAAACUCUAACAUGCUGCUCUGUGGGCAUUACAUGACAUGAAUUACGACAUGAUUAUAGGGCAAGCUGUGUGAAAUAUACCUUAUUUAUCCUUCCUAGUUACAAAGACCACAUGUAUAAGGUCACCAGGUAUAGUGACUCUGCAUAUUCAUGUCUUCUUUUUUUUUAAAAAUUGCUGGGACUAAUCAAGAGGUUGUUAAGGGAGAAAACAUGUUCCAUUGCUCUGUAAAAAGCCAAUUUAAAUCUACACAGAGGCACUUCAUUGCUGAAGAAAUGGGUUAAAAGGAGCAUAAGACAUCAGGGUGAUGUUUGUACAGCACUAGAUAUGGCAGAAAAGAUGAAGAGAUCCCUGUUACAAACACCCAUUUUAAGGGCUUUCACACCUCUAUAGUAUCUAUCCUUAUUUAUUGUUCAGCAACAUGGCUUUUUAUGCUUUCAGUGAGGGUGAUGAAACCCAGAGAGCAGCUGAAGCAAAAUAGAAAGAAUUUGUGUUCAAAUGGAAGAAAAUUGCUACUAUAUUUUAAUUAUUAUAAUGUUUUUUAAUAAAAAAUUCUCCAUGCUGGUUUUCUUGUUUUCAACAGUUUUCAGUAUCAGGCCUAGAAAUUGAAAGAUUUUGUGUAUGAGAGACAGGUUUCUGAAUGCGAAGUAGGCUUAUUUUGCAUUAUAGUAGCUUAUUCCUUAAACACUGAUUAAACUGUCUUUUUGUGUUCUAAUGUGUAGUCUGUUUUCUUCUACCUAUAAUUCUGAACAUUCAAGUGGAUAACUUGAGUGAGUAGAGACUACAGGAUACAGAGAGCACGGGCUCUAAUUUUUUAAAUUUUCUUUUAAACAAGAUGAAAGAGUGUAGUACAAUUCUCCAUUUUUCAGAUGAGGAGAAAUCAUGGAAGUUGCUUACAAAUUUUAAGGAUUUAUUUUGCAGGAUGUCACACUUGCAAAUUUUUCUGGUUUAUGAGUGCAGUGACUGACAAUGUAUAUGCUGCUGAAGCAAUGCCUAGAGACAUUAUACCAAGCAGUUCAGUUAGAAAGUAAUGCAGAAUUAGAUGAAAGAUGUCCAGUUUCAUAGUGCUUUAUUUAUUUGAAAGCCAAAAUUUAUUUCUUUUUAGAUAGCUAAAGAUUGAGAGGAAUGUUAGAUCUUGAAGCAGAGCUGUUCCUUAAUAAAGAAUACAUUCAGCACCAAGAAAACCACAAGAUCAGGUACUUAUACAGUCAGAACCUCUUUUCCCAACAUGGCAUGGUUUACCUUCUGAGUGGACUGUCUAGAUGGAGCCAAGACAGUAAAAUCAGGAAAGCAGUUGAAAGGACCACAUGCAGGAGCCCAUGCUUCGCUUCUUAGGAGGUACAGGGAGAAGUAAAUUACACCUAAUAUAGAUUUCUCUCAUUCCCACAGCAGCAGAAUUACUGCAAGUCUUUGGGGUUCUCCAGGACUUGAUUCUAAGAGUGUUUCAGUUAAACUGGAAUAUAGUUAUUCAAAAGUGACUUCUGAACAAGGUGACCAAGAGUAGUAGAGGCCACUUUUCUCUAGGGAAAUGGCAUAUAUAUAGACACAUCAAAAUUAUUUUUAUAUGAAUAAUUUUAAAAAAUGAAACAAACUUACUUAUACAGGGGUGUAGGCAGUAUGGCAGUCUAAUCUUCUGUACUUCAACUUGGUGCUUUGUGUGUGGAUGAAACAGGUGGGGAAAGAAACAACAGUUUUAUGUUAGGCUUCUGUACCUCUCCUAAAACAUCCAUCAUUAAACCUUGCCUGUCACUGUGCCCCUUAUUUAACAUAAGCAGAAGAUAGAAACUGGGCAAAGUUCACUCUGGGGGUGGUCCAAGGUAUUCGACCACAGCCUGCUGGGAGGUAGACCAGUACUUCAGGUAGAUCCUGUGGGAAUGGCACAAGUUCUGAUCUCAAAUUUGAUAUAUUUAUAAAUGUGAAACGUGAUGAAUUUGUAAAAGCUGAAAAAACUGUGUAAUUCCUCUAGUAAUCAUAAAUAAGCAGAAAUGCUUUGGUGGUGUGAGCUGGUGAUUCAUCCCAGGAGGUUCACUGCUGUGAAAGUAGCUGUAAUUCUAGUGAAUUAUAGUCCAGUCUAGUGAAUUACAACUAGUCAAGUUGUGCCUGUGUUCAGAAAGUCAGUCUUUUAACAGAGAUUUUAACUGACUGUGCUCAGCAUUUAAGAGAUUGUUAUCUAUAUAUUGAAUGCAAUUGCAGAAUAAAUUAAUAAAUUAUUCGAACAG